AUGAUCUUAUUUCAUGAACCCUAUAUAUCUAGGAGAGCAUUGUAUAUACUGUACCCACUAUCUUCACCACUCUGCGCUCAUCGCGAAAAAUUAUUGAGACAAUUCACUACGAUGGGCAAGCUCAAGAAGUCCAAAAGAAACCAGAACAGAACCAACCCGCUAGCUCGGGGACGCAAACUGUCCAAUGAAACAAAAUCAGAAGAAUCAGCAAGAAGAAGAGCACUUCCAUUAAUUGAAAAAUUGACAUCUACCAGUGCCAAUGAUAGAGCCAUGGCUCUCGCUGCUAUUACCGUGCUUUGUGAAGACGAGAACACUCGAAAGGUUCUUUUAAAGGAAAGAAUCAUAACCAUUAUUAUGGAGCAAUGCCUUACAGAUUCAGAUGAUGAGAUCGUAGUGGAAGCUUUUGGGGUGUUGCGCAAUAUAGCAGUGGAGGAAGGUUACGAUGUUAUUCAACAUAUAUGGAGACAAAAUAUCUGGACAGCUAUCGAGGGAGCACUUGUCAAGAUCCAAAAGUCAUUUGAAUACUUGGGUUCGGGGAAAACAUCAACCAUUGGAAAUAAAAAAGCUGAUGAGAAAGCCCGUCUACAAUUACUAUACGAUUAUACUGAGAAUGUUAUAAUGCUUGUGGUGGUGAUUGCCAGUGGUUCUUCAAAACUAUUCGAGUCUGUGUUUGCCAAGAUCGAUCCAAUUUUGUCGUUGGUAAUUAGCAUAAUCAACUGGAAUACCCCAGUGGUGCAAACCUCACUCAAAUUGCACCAUGCAUUGCUUGAUUUUGUGUAUGAAUUUGCUUCCGAAUCACAGGAGUUUAUUGGAAAACUUGCCAAUUUUGACUUGGAAAUUCAAAAUGAAAAGAGUCUGAUAUUGACUCAGAUAUAUGCAAAUGCCAUCAAGUUUCAUAUUAUUGAGGAUGGGAUAUCCAUCCAAGACAUUGACAAUAUUCUCAACCGCAUGUUCAGCACACUAGUUACCAUCAAUUUGGAUGAGGUCAAGCUGAACCUAACCGUGACCGACAAUGCACAGCAUCCUAUCCAGAAAAAACCAGAAACAAUGCAAGAUAUUGACCAGCCUUUGGGUGGUGAGCUGGUAGAAACAUGGCAAGCAAAAUGUAACGUUCAAGCCAUGGAAAUAGCCAUUGACGUCACCACGUCAAUUUGGGAACUCCUAGCUACCGGACCCUUCAAUGCCUCGGAUAUAAUGCCCACUGUGUUUCAGGUGGUUUAUCCUAGUUUAAUGGAGCUUCUCAAAUUUGAAUCGUCGAGUAAUUUGGGAUUUGCUGAGCGGUUAUUGCAAUGUCUCAAUAAUUUGUGCUGGCUAAUGCUAAUGGUGGAUCCUAUUCCUACUCUGUGGCACCAAUGUUGUUUACAAAUGUGGGACGCGUGUUCUAUUUUCGGCACCACCAAUGACAUUGCCAUCAAAACGCAUUGUCUAAAUGCAUGUUGGGCUAUCUGCAAAGCAAUUGGCCCUGAAAUAACAUCGAAAAUAAAUCCUGCAGCGAUUAACGGUACAGUGGAAACAAGCAGAAGCGCAUUAUACCAGUUACAGGCUGGAACAGGAGACCCAGACCUCCUUACUGAGUGGUUGGUUACUGCGGCUGGAUUUCUUGCCUCGGCCGUGGUACCAGCAGCACAUGAUUCAGACUAUGUUCCCGCGGUGAAGGAGGUUGGUUCGUUAUUGGUGGACUGCAUUCUGUGGCUGGUAAACGGUGGUAGUGGUGGUGUCAUGGUGGAAUGUCUUAAUUCGUUGUAUGAUAUUUUUGGCGACGCCGAUUAUGUUUACGAUGAACCCGUGUUUGUGCAAGAGCAAUAUUUACUUGUUCUACAGGAGUUGGAGCCGAAAGUGAAAGAUGCGUCCAAACGCAUCGACAAACAUCUUCAUGCGGAGACAAGGGCUAGGGCUGAAGAGGCUUGCAAUAAUUUGACGCGAUUUUUGCAAUACAAAGUUUCCGAAAAACAAUAA